AUGGGUCGAUUCCUAAACCAGCUGGUGACGAUCCCAAUUUGGAGAAUUGUCGUCGGUUGGAUCAAGACUUCGAUUGAAUCAAAGGUGAAAUCGACAGUAACCUUUAUCGCGAACGCUCAUCAACUUUGGUUGGACUUGAAGCAGCGUUUUUCAGUUGGGAACAAGGUUUGUGUUCAUCAACUCAAGAGUCAGCUCAGUGCUUGUCGACAAGAGGGACAAACAGUCGUUGAUUACUACGGCAAGUUGUCCACUUUGUGGGAGGAAUACCAAAUUUACAAACCUCUCACAGUGUGUUCGUGUGGUUUGUGCACAUGUGGAGCUACAUGUGCACCUGUGAAAGAAAGAGAGGAAGAGAAGAUUCACCAAUUUGUUUUGGGACUUGAUGAAUCCAGAUUUGGGGGUCUUUGUGCUACUCUCAUUGCCAUGGAUCCUCUUCCUUCUCUUGGUGAAGUGUAUAGCAGAGUCAUACAAGAGGAACAACGGUUGUCUUCCACUCGUCUUCGUGAACAACGAGAAGAAGCAGUUGGGUUUUUGGCUCGUUCUGAUACUUCCAGUGGCGGUACAACAAACUCUAUCAUGGGUAAAUCUCGUUCUUGUUCUCAUUGUGGUCGGAGUGGUCAUCAGAAACGAGAUUGUUGGCAGCUCGUUGGGUUUCCGGAUUGGUGGACGGAGAGGGCUAAGAAGAGCACUGCUGGUCGUGGCUCUGGCGGACGAGGAAGAGGUCGCGGAUCUUCUUCCAAUGUCGGUGGUCAUGGACGUGGUCAUGCUCUUGUUGCACAUGCUACUAGCUCCAACCCGUCUAUUUUUCCUGAGUUUAUACAGGAACAGUUGAAGGCUUUUGCUCAGCUUUUGCAAGAAAAUUCCAUCAAAGGCACUGCUACUAGUGAGAAUCCCGACAAGUUGUCUGGUAAGCCUAAAUUUGGCAAUGUUAUUUUGGAUACUGGAGCGUCCCACCACAUGACAGGGACUCUCUCUUUAUUAACCGAUGUGGUUCCUAUUCCACCGGGUCCAGUUGGGUUUGCUGAUGGUAGCAAGGCCUUUGCUAUAAGCAUGGGAGCUUUUCCACUCUCACAUAAUGUCAAGUUGACAAAUGUCCUCUUUGUGCCUUCACUCAACUGUACAUUGAUCUCUGUUUCUAAGAUUUUGAAACAAACAAAGUGUCUUGCCACAUUUUCUGACACAAUCUGUGUUUUGCAAGAACGUGAUGGUGUGUAUUAUCUUACGGAUGUGGCUACAACAACGAUUCAUAUGGCAAGUGCGGCUUCUGAUCCUGCUUUGUGGCAUCAGCAUUUAGGACACCCUAGUUUUUCUGUUCUUUCGGCUUUACCCUUGUUUUCCCGCUCCUCGUCUUCUGUUGACUCUACGUCUUAUGACGUGUGUUUUAGAGCCAAACAAACGAGAGCUGUUUUUCCAGAUAGUCUUAAUAAAACAACUGAUUGCUUUUCAAUGAUCCAUUGUGACGUUUGGGGUCCGUAUCGAGUUUCCUCCUCUUGUGGUGCGAUUUAUUUUUUGACUGUUGUUGACGAUUUCUCUCGAGCAGUUUGGACAUUUCUUUUACUUGAGAAGUCUGAAGUACGUGGAGUUCUUACAAAUUUCUUGCAAUAUACGGAAAAACAAUUUGGUAAAGCUGUCAAGAUUCGUGUUUUUGGUUCUGCAUGUUAUGUUCACUGUCUUACACGAGACAAAGACAAGUUUGGCCAGCGAAGUCGUUUGUGCGUUUUUGUUGGCUAUUCUUCUGGAAAAAAAGGUUGGAAGGUGUUUGAUAUCGAGAGAAAUGAGUUUCUUGUGUCGCGGGAUGUGAUUUUUCAAGAAGAUGUUUUUCCCUAUGUGAAUCUUGUUUCCUCCUCGUCUUUACCUUCGGCGUCUCCUUCUCUGACUUUUGGUGAUGAUGAUUGGAUUGUUUCUCCUUCGAAUGUAAGGGGGAGUUCUGUUGUUUCUCCUGUGCCGGAGUCUGGUACUGAGAGUUCUCCACCGGCGGUUGCCAAUGUUAAUGAUGGUUCUUCUUCUCUCUCCUCUGUUCCGGUUGUUUCGGAGUCGGCUGUGCCGGCUCUCCCUCUCCAACGUCAAAGUCAACGCUCUAAGACGCCUUCUGUACGGCUUAGCGAUUAUGUCCUCUAUAAUGUUAAUUACACACCAUCGUCCAACGCUCUUCCUGCCUUCUCGUCACAGUUUUCGGCUACGGUUCCAGGUACUUCUCUAUCUCCUUUCAAAGAUUUUGUCUCUGAUGAUGAUUUCUCUCCAGCUCAUCGUGUUUUUCUUGCGGCCAUCACUGCUCAUGACGAGCCUAAACACUUUAAAGAAGCCGUUAAGAUCAAAGUCUGGAAUAAUGCUAUGUCUAACAAGAUUGAGGCAUUGGAACAAAAUAAAACAGGGGAGCUCGUUGAUCUUCCUCCUAACAAAGUGACGAUUGGCUGUCAGUGGAUUUACGAGACAAAGUAUAAUGCCGAUGGUAUUGUGGAACGUUACAAGGCAAGGCUUGUUGCUCUUGGUAACAAUCAGGUUGAGGGGGAGGAUUACAAAGAGACUUUUGCUCCGGUUGUUCGUAUGACGACAGUUCGUACACUCCUCCGUCUUGUUGCUGCAAAGAAUUGGGAGGUUUAUCAGAUGGAUGUGCAUAAUGCAUUUCUUCAUAGGGAUCUUGAUGAAGAGGUCUAUAUGAAGCUUCCACCGGGUUUUCGUCAUUCACAUCCUGACAAGCGUAAGUACGCCCUUGACAUUGUUGCGGAUCAUGGCAACCUUGGUUCUCGUCCUGCGUAUACCCCUGUUGAACAAAAUCAUCAGCUUGCUACUGAUGAUGGUCUGCUGCUCACGAAUCCUAAGUCGUAUCGACGUCUUGUUGGUCGUUUUCUGUACUUGUUACAUACCCGACCUGAGUUAAGUUACUUUGUUCAUGUCUUGGCCCAGUUUAUGCAAACUCCACGAGAGGCUCAUUUGGAGGCAGCAUUGCGUGUGGUACGUUACUUAGCUGGCUCUCCUGGACAUGGCAUUUUGCUUCAGUCCUCACCGGAUUUGACUAUUGAUGUUUAUUGUGAUUCGGAUUGGAGUUCUUGUCCGCUUACACGACGAUCGCUUAGUGCAUAUGUUGUCUUGCUUGGUGGUUCUCCAGUUUCAUGGAAGACUAAAAAGCAGAAGACUGUUUCACAUUAUUCCGCAGAAGCCGAGUAUAGGGCUAUGUCUGUAGCUCUUAAGGAGAUCAAGUGGCUUCGUAAGUUGUUAAAAGAAUUAGGCAUCGACCAGGCUGCGCCCCCUCAUUUGUUUUGCGAUAGUAAAGCCGCCAUUCAUAUUGCUACUAAUUCCGUUUUUCAUGAACGCACUAAGCAUAUCGAAAACGAUUGUCAUGUUGUUCGUGAUGCAGUUCGUGACGACAUUAUUACUACACAACACGUUCGUACGACUGAGCAGCUCGCCGACAUUUUCACGAAAGCACUUGGUCGUGACCAGUUUCAUUACAUUCUAUCCAUAUUGGGCGUUCGUGACAUGCACACUCCACCGUGA